GGUCAUCAAACCCAGAAAUUGAAGGAUCUUGGGCCUGCCUUGAGAUUCAUUUCUCUCAUCUAUAAAAUUGAAGGCUGGAGGAGGUGUGAAUGAGCCGAGGGAAGGACACACGGCCACUGCUGGAGGGAUCCUCCAUUCCUGUGUCACUUGCAUGGGUCCUGCUGUGAAAUGAACCCAGCAGGGACUUGCUAGACACUUCCUUCCUUCCCUCGUUGAGCACUCCAGCGCCAUUGUUCCACAGUUGUUCUAACUGGGUCCUGUCUUCCUCCUGCCAAGGCAAACAGCAUAGUCUCGAGUAGGUGUCCCUAGGCUCAUCUGCCAGCCUGAACAUGAACACAGGCAAAGCUGAUGAUGGCCAGGGAUCCCAGGGGACGUGGGGCCCUGUGGGGUCCGGCCCCCAGGAGCAGGACCUCUCAUGAUGCUGGUGUCUGGGAGUGAGCACCAUGCCCAUCACCCAGGACAAUGCCGUGCUGCACCUGCCCCUCCUCUACCAGUGGCUGCAGAACAGCCUGCAGGAGGGUGGGGACGGGCCGGAGCAGCGGCUCUGCCAGGCGGCCAUCCAGAAGCUGCAGGAGUACAUCCAACUGAACUUUGCUGUAGAUGAGAGUACGGUCCCACCUGAUCACAGCCCCCCCGAAAUGGAGAUCUGUACUGUGUACCUCACCAAGGAGCUGGGGGACACAGAGACUGUGGGCCUCAGUUUUGGGAACAUCCCUGUUUUCGGGGACUAUGGCGACAAGCGCAGAGGGGGCAAGAAGAGGAAAACCCACCAGGGUCCUGUGCUGGAUGUGGGCUGCAUCUGGGUGACAGAGCUGAGGAAGAACAGCCCAGCAGGGAAGAGUGGGAAGGUCCGACUGCGGGAUGAGAUCCUCUCGCUGAAUGGGCAGCUGAUGGUUGGAGUUGAUGUCAGUGGGGCCAGUUACCUGGCUGAGCAGUGCUGGAAUGGCGGCUUUAUCUACCUGAUCAUGCUGCGUCGCUUUAAGCACAAAGCCCACUCCACUUAUAAUGGCAACAGUAGCAACAGCUCUGAACCAGGAGAAGCACCUACCUUGGAGCUGGGUGACCGAACUGCGAAAAAGGGAAAACGAACCAGAAAGUUUGGGGUCAUCUCCAGGCCUUCUGCCAACAAGGCCCCUGAAGAAUCCAAGGGCCGCAUUGGCUGUGAGGUGUCCAGUGACCCCAGCACUGAGCUGGAGAACGGCCCUGACCCUGAACUUGGAAAUGGCCAUGUCUUUCAGCUAGAAAAUGGCCCAGAUUCUCUCAAGGAGGUGGCUGGACCCCAUCUAGAGAGGUCAGAAGUGGACAGAGGGACAGAGCAUAGAAUUCCAAAGACAGAUGCUCCUCUGACCACAAGCAAUGACAAACGCCGCUUCUCAAAAGGUGGGAAGACGGACUUCCAAUCGAGUGACUGCUUGGCACGGGAGGAAGUUGGCCGAAUAUGGAAGAUGGAGCUGCUCAAAGAAUCGGAUGGGCUGGGAAUUCAGGUUAGUGGAGGCCGAGGAUCAAAGCGCUCACCUCACGCUAUCGUUGUCACUCAAGUGAAGGAAGGAGGUGCCGCUCACAGGGAUGGCAGGCUGUCCUUAGGAGAUGAGCUGCUGGUAAUCAAUGGUCAUUUACUGGUCGGGCUCUCCCACGAGGAAGCAGUGGCCAUUCUUCGCUCCGCCACGGGAAUGGUGCAGCUGGUGGUGGCCAGCAAGGAAAACUCUGCGGAGGACCUCCUCAGGUUAACAUCUAAGAGCUUGCCGGAUCUGACCAGCUCGGUAGAAGACGUGUCCUCCUGGACUGAUAACGAAGACCAGGAGGCAGACGGGGAGGAGGACGAAGGAACCGGCUCUUCUGUCCAGAGAGCAAUGCCUGGGACAGAUGAACCCCAAGAUGUGUGCGGUGCUGAGGAAUCCAAGGGGAACUUGGAAAGUCCCAAACAGGGCAGCAAUAAAAUCAAGCUCAAGAGUCGCCUUUCAGGGGGUGUACACCGCCUUGAGUCAGUUGAAGAAUAUAACGAGCUGAUGGUGCGGAAUGGGGACCCCCGGAUCCGGAUGUUGGAGGUCUCCCGAGAUGGCCGGAAACACUCCCUCCCACAGCUGCUGGACUCUUCUAGUGCCUCGCAGGAAUACCACAUUGUGAAGAAGUCUACCCGCUCCUUAAGCACGACUCAGGUGGAAUCUCCUUGGAGGCUCAUUCGGCCAUCCGUCAUCUCAAUCAUCGGGCUGUACAAAGAAAAAGGCAAGGGCCUUGGCUUUAGUAUUGCUGGAGGUCGAGACUGCAUUCGCGGACAGAUGGGGAUUUUUGUCAAGACCAUCUUCCCAAAUGGAUCAGCUGCAGAGGAUGGAAGACUUAAAGAAGGGGAUGAAAUCCUAGAUGUAAAUGGAAUACCAAUAAAGGGCUUGACGUUUCAAGAAGCGAUUCAUACCUUUAAGCAAAUCCGGAGUGGAUUAUUUGUCUUAACGGUACGCACAAAGUUGGUGAGCCCCAGCCUCACACCCUGCUCGACACCCACACACAUGAGCAGAUCCGCCUCCCCGAGCUUCAAUACCAGUGGGGGAGCCUCGGCGGGAGGCUCCGAUGAAGGCAGUUCUUCAUCCCUGGGUCGGAAGACCCCAGGGCCCAAGGAUAGGAUCGUCAUGGAAGUAACACUCAACAAAGAGCCAAGAGUUGGAUUAGGCAUUGGUGCCUGCUGCUUGGCUCUGGAAAACAGUCCUCCUGGCAUCUACAUUCACAGCCUUGCUCCAGGAUCAGUGGCCAAGAUGGAGAGCAACCUGAGCCGCGGGGAUCAAAUCCUGGAAGUGAACUCUGUCAAUGUCCGCCAUGCCGCUUUAAGCAAAGUCCACGCCAUCUUGAGCAAAUGCCCUCCGGGACCCGUUCGCCUUGUCAUCGGGCGGCACCCUAAUCCAAAGGUUUCCGAGCAGGAAAUGGAUGAAGUGAUAGCACGCAGCACUUAUCAGGAGAGCAAAGAGGCCAAUUCCUCUCCUGGCUUAGGUACCCCCUUGAAGAGUCCCUCUCUUGCAAAAAAGGACUCCCUUAUUUCUGAAUCUGAACUCUCCCAGUACUUUGCCCACGAUGUCCCUGGCCCCUUGUCCGACUUCAUGGUGGCCGGUUCUGAGGACGAGGAUCACCCAGGAAGUGGCUGCAGCACGUCGGAGGAGGGCAGCCUGCCUCCUAGCACCUCUACUCACAAGGAGCCUGGAAAAGCCAGAGCCAACAGCCUCGUGACUCUCGGGAGCCAGCGGGCCUCUGGGCUCUUCCACAAGCAGGUGACAGUUGCCAGACAAACCAGUCUUCCCGGAAGCCCACAGGCCCUCCGAAACCCUCUCCUCCGCCAGAGGAAGGUAGGCUGCUACGAUGCCAACGAUGCCAGUGAUGAGGAAGAGUUUGAUGGAGAAGGGGACUGCAUUUCACUCCCAGGAGCCCUCCCGGCUCCCAGCAGGCCUCUGGCAGAGGAUAACUCGAGGUGUGUCUUAAUUUCCUCUUCCAAGGGCAUGGACGUCCACAACCAAGAGGGACGACCCCAGAAAACACUGGUCAGCAAGGCCAUUUCGGCGCCUCUUCUUGGCAGCUCAGUGGACUUAGAGGAGAAUAUCCCAGAGGGCAUGGCGGACACUCCUUCCCAUGCAGCCAACCUCACGGCCUCUGCAGGGGCCCCCAAGGGGAGCCCUGGAAGCUGGUGGAAGAAGGAACUGACAGGAUCAAGUUCUGCACCCAAAUUGGAAUACACAGUCCAUACCGACACCCGGAGUCCGAUGAACACUGGGAGCCCCGGGUCCCCCCAGCAGAAGAAUGAAGGCCUGGGCUCCAGGCACAGACCAGUGGCCAGGGUCAGCCCCCACUGCAAGAGAUCUGAGGCUGAGGCCAGGCCCAGUGGCUCAGAGACAGUGAACCUGACUGGCAGAGCCAAUGAUCCAUGCGAUCUGGACCCGGGAGUCCAGGCCACUUCUGUCAAAGUGACUGUCGCUGGCUUUCGGCCAGGUGGAGCUGUGGAGAAGGAAUCUCUGGGAAAGCUGACCACUGGAGAUGCUUGUGUCCCUACCAACUGUGAACUAGCCAGUGCUCUGUCCCAUCCGGAUAUCAGCCACCUCACAGAGAACCUGCCCGAAGCUGCACCAGAGCUGGGGCAACAACCCAUGACUGGACUGGACAGCUCCUCAGACCUCAUCUCUUCCCCAGGAAAGAAGGGGGCCGCUUAUCCUGACCCCAGCAAGACCUCUGUAGACACAGGGCGAGUCAGUCGGCCGGAGAAUCCCAGUCAGUCUGCAUCGCCCAGGGUCGCCGAGUGCAAGGCCAGGUCUCCAGUCAGGCUGCCCCAUGAGGGCAGCCCCUCCCUGGGGGAGAAAGCAGUGGCUCCCCCCGACUGCAGCAAGACUCGAUCAGCAUCGGAAACCAGCACACCCCGCAAUACCCGGAGGGCGGCUUUCCUCAGGGGAGCGGGACCUGGGGCAGAGGGAGUGACAGCAGCUGGGGCUGUCCUGCCAGGAGACCCCCUCACAUCCCAGGAGCAGAGACAGGGAGCUCCGGGUAACCACAGUCAGGCUCUGGAAAUGACAGGAACCCGUGCACCUGAAGGCUCCCAGGAGCCUUCCCUGUUGGAGGGAGCAGAUUCUGUGUCCUCAAAGGCACCGCAGGCCAGCCUCUCCCUUCUGCCAUCCACUGACAACACCAAAGAAGCAUGUGGCCGUGUCUCGGGGCAGUGUUGCCCGGCGGGGAGUAGAGAGAGCCCUGUGACGGACAUUGAUAGCUUCAUCAAGGAGUUGGAUGUUUCUGCAGCGAGGUCUCCGUCUUCCCAGACGGGGGACAGUGGCUGUCAGGAGGGCAGUGCUCAGGGCCGCCCACCAGCCGGGGCUGGAGGUGGGAGCUCCUGCCGUGCCGAACCAGUCACGGGGGGCCAGACCUCCUCCCCAAGGAGGGCCUGGGCUGCUAGUGCCCCCCCUCACCCACAGUGGGCCUCCCAGCCUUCGGUUUUAGAUUCAGUUAAUCCCGACAAACAUUUUACUGUGAACAAAAACUUUUUGAGCAACUACUCUAGAAAUUUUAGCAGCUUUCAUGAAGACAGCACCUCCCUAUCAGGCCUGGGCGAUAGCACAGAGCCGUCUCUGUCGUCCAUGUAUGGCGAUGCUGAGGAUUCUUCUUCUGACCCUGAGUCACUCACCGAAGCCCCACGAGCUUCCGCCAGGGACGGCUGGUCCCCUCCUCGUUCCCGUGUGUCUUUGCACAAGGAAGAUCCUUCGGAGUCGGAAGAGGAACAGAUUGAAAUUUGUUCCACAAAUGGCUGCCCCAAUCCACCCUCGAGUCCUGCUCAUCUUCCCACCCAGGCUGCCAUCUGUCCUGCCUCAGCCAAAGUUCUAUCAUUAAAAUACAGCACUCCGAGAGAGUCAGUGGCCAGUCCCCGUGAGAAGGCUGCCUGCUUGCCAGCCUCAUACACUUCAGGCCCAAGCUCUUCCCAGCCAUCUUCACUCUUGGAAGUGAGCUCUCAGGAGCAUGAAACUCAUGUGAACAUAAGCACUUCACAGAACCACAGGCCCUCGUGUGCAGAAGAAACGACGGAAGUCACCAGCGCUAGCUCAGCCAUGGAAAACAGUCAGCUGUCCAAAGUAGCCAGGCAUUUUCACAGUGCGCCCAUCAUUCUCAGCUCCCCCAACAUGGUAAACGGCUUGGCACGUGACAUGCUAGAUGAUGAAACCCUGAAUCAGUACGAAACAAGCAUUAAUGCAGCUGCCAGUCUGUCCUCCUUCAGUGUGGAUGUCCCUAAGAAUGGAGAAUCUGUUUUGGAAAACCUCCACAUCUCUGAAAGUCAAGACCUCGAUGACUUGCUACAGAAACCCAAGAUGAUGGGUAGGAGGCCCAUCAUGGCCUGGUUUAAAGAAAUGAAUAAACAUAACCAAGGCACACAUUUGAAGAGCAAAACAGAGAAGGAACCUCUGAUGACUGUCAGAAGUCCCGACUCCAAGAUUCACAUAGUGAGUUCAAGCCAAAAAAAGGGCGUUGCUGUGCCUCCUAGCCCUCCUCAGCCGAAAACCAAUCUGGAAAAUAAGGACCUGUCUAAGAAGAGUCCGGCAGAAAUGCUUCCGACUAACGGUCAGAAGCCAAAGUGUGGUCCGAAGCUGAAGAGGCUCAGCCUCAAGGGCAAGGCCAAAGUCAGCUCCGAGGCCCCUGCUGCGAAUGCCGUGAAGGCUGGGGGGACGGACCACAGGAAACCCUUGAUCUCACCCCAGACCUCCCACCAAACACUUUCUAAGGUGGUGUCACAGCGGCUCCAUGCAGCCGACCGCGAGGACCCUGACAGAAACACCACAGCCGCCCCCAGGUCCCCGCAGUGUGUGCUGGACAGCAAGCCACCUCUUGCCACCUCUGGGUCCCUGAAACCCUCAGUGUCUGACACGAGCAUCAGGAUGUUUGUGUCGCCCCUGACCUCUCCCAAGCCUCCUCCUGAGCAAGGCAUGUGGAGCAGGUUCCACAUGGCUGUCCUCUCUGAACCUGACAGAGGUUGCCCAGCCACCCCUAAAUCUCCUAAGUGUGGAGCAGAGGGCAGGGCGCCCCGUGCUGACUCUGGGCCGGGGAGUUCCACAGCAUCUAGGAACGGCGUGUCCCUGGCAGGGAACAGACAGAGUGAGCAGCACCUGGCCAGCCACAUGGACUCGGCAGCAGACACAGCCCAACCCAGGCCAACUGGCGAAAAAGGAGGCAGCAUAGUGGCCAGCGAUCGCCUUGAAAGAACAAACCAGCUGAAAAUUGUGGAGAUUUCUGCUGAAACAGUGCCAAAGACUGUAUGUGGUAACAAGCCAGCUGAAAGUGACAGACAGGGAGGGUGCUUGGCCCAGGAGAAGAGUGAAAUCAGGCUCUGUCGCCAGGUCACAGAAUCAUCCACAAGUCACCCGUCCUCACUCCCGUCUCAUGCCCCACAGGCGGAGCAGGAAAUGUCACGAUCAUUCGGCGUGGCGAAACUGGUGUCCUCCUCCUCCUCCCCUCAAAUGCCCAUUAGAAAGGCAGAUUCCUCCCAGGGAAAAUCAAGCCUGAUGUCAGACUCCCUAGGGGUGCCCAGAAGUGGCAUUCUAGGGGGGCCCUCGGGGGAGGACCAUCUCUACUUCACCCCAAGGCCAGCAACCAGGACCUACUCCAUGCCAGCCCAGUUCUCAAGCCAUUUUGGACGGGAGAGUCACCCCCCACACAGUCUGGGUCGCUCUCCUCGUGACAGCCACGUCCCUGUGACAAGCAGUGUUGUCCCCGAGGCAAAGGCAUCCAGAGGUGGUCUUCCCAGCCUGGCUGACGGACACGGCGUAUAUAGUGUAAAGCCGCUGCUGGAAACAUCGAGGAAUCUUCCAGCCACAGAUGAAGGGGAUAUCAUUUCAGUCCAGGAGACGAGCUGCCUAGUCACGGACAAAAUCAGAGUCACCAGACGACACUACUGCUAUGAGCAGAACUGGCCCCACGAAUCUACCUCAUUUUUCUCUGUGAAGCAGCGGAUCAAGUCUUUUGAGAACCUGGCCAAUGCUGACCGGCCUGUAGCCAAGUCCGGGGUUUCCCCAUUUUUGUCGGUGAGCUCCAAGCCUCCCAUUGGGAGGCGGUCUUCCGGCAGCAUUGUUUCAGGGAGCCUGGGCCACCCAGGUGAUGCAGCAGCAAGGUUGUUGAGACGCAGCUUGAGUUCCUGCAGCGAAAACCAAAGUGAAGCCGGCACCCUCCUCCCCCAGAUGGCCAAGUCUCCCUCAAGCAUGACACUGACCAUCUCCCGGCAGAACCCACCGGAGACCAGUAGCAAGGGCUCUGAUUCGGAACUAAAGAAAUCACUUGGUCCUUUGGGAAUUCCCACCCCAACAACGACUCCGGCUUCUCCCGUUAAGAGGAACAAGUCCUCGGUGCGCCACACGCAGCCCUCGCCGGUGUCCCGCUCCAAGCUCCAGGAGCUGAGAGCCUUGAGCAUGCCUGACCUUGACAAGCUCUGCAGCGAGGAUUACUCAGCAGGGCCGAGCGCCGUGCUCUUCAAAACUGAGCUGGAGAUCACCCCCAGGAGGUCACCCGGGCCUGCUGGAGGCGUUUCGUGUCCUGAGAAGGCCGGGAACAGGGCCUGUCUAGGAGGAAGUGGCCCUAAAACCAGUGCUGCUGAGACACCCAGUUCAGCCAGUGAGGUGGGUGAAGCUGCGCAGGAUCUGCCUUUUAGAAGAAGCUGGUCAGUUACUUUGGAUCAACUUCUGGUCUCAGCGGGGGACCAGCAAAGAUUACAGUCUGUUUUAUCGUCAGUGGGGUCGAAAUCUACCAUCCUAACUCUCAUUCAGGAAGCGAAAGCACAAUCAGAGAAUAAAGAAGAUGUUUGCUUCAUAGUCUUGAAUAGAAAAGAAGGCUCAGGUCUGGGAUUCAGUGUGGCAGGAGGGACAGAUGUGGAGCCAAAAUCAAUCACGGUCCACAGGGUGUUUUCUCAGGGGGCGGCUUCUCAGGAAGGGACUAUGAACCGUGGGGAUUUCCUUCUGUCAGUCAACGGCGCCUCAUUGGCUGGCUUAGCCCACGGGAAUGUCCUGAAGGUUCUGCACCAGGCACAGCUGCACAAAGAUGCCCUCGUGGUCAUCAAGAAAGGGAUGGAUCAGCCCAGGCCCUCUGCCCGGCAGGAGCCUCCCACAGCCAAUGGGAAGGGUUUGCUGUCCAGAAAGACCAUCCCCCUGGAGCCUGCCGUUGGGAGAAGUGUGGCUGUACACGAUGCUCUGUGUGUUGAAGUGCUGAAGACCUCGGCUGGGCUGGGACUGAGUCUGGAUGGGGGAAAAUCAUCUGUGAUGGGAGAUGGGCCCUUGGUCAUUAAGAGAGUGUACAAAGGUGGUGCAGCUGAACAAGCUGGAAUAAUAGAAGCUGGAGAUGAAAUUCUUGCUAUUAAUGGGAAACCUCUGGUUGGGCUCAUGCACUUUGAUGCCUGGAAUAUUAUGAAGUCUGUCCCAGAAGGACCUGUGCAGUUAUUAAUUAGAAAGCAUAGAAAUUCUUCAUGAAUUUUAAGAA